CAGGUUAUCCGCCUCCCUCUUCAAAGCAAGAGCCUCUCUGUGCCCUCUCGCUCUUUGUCCCGACGAUGGCUUCUCUCGUUUACAACGCCUCCACAAUCGCCGUAACCAAUAACAUUACGCCACGUCAGCACCGUUUCCCAUCUAUCCGUUCGCCUCAACUCGUCUCCGUUUCCAGGCGGAGAUUGACUGUCAGAGCAGCCGAAACCGAUGCUAACGAAGUUAAGCCUGCGGCACCGGAUAAGGCUCCGGCUGCUGCUUCCGAUGGUUCGAGCUUUAAUCAGCUUCUUGGGAUUAAGGGGGCCAAGCAAGAGACAGUGAGUUCCGAGUUUAUUUAGUAUUUAAAGUAUUUG